AUGGUCUGGUCUCAGCUUGAGCCCACAGGGCCGCACGUUACAUACGUGACCUUAACCUUCUUCCUCAUCUUGUACGCGCUGUUCUCGCUUAUGAUCCGGAACCGCCUCCAUCUCUCAGAACCGCCUCUAGCCACGCUUUUUGGUAUUAUCGUUGGACCACAGGCUCUCAACCUCAUCAGACCAUAUGAAUGGGGCUUCUCCGAUGACAUGAUCCAAGAAACAACGCGUCUCAUUGUCGGAAUCCAAUGUUUCGCUGUUGGUCUGGAGCUUCCAAAUGGUUACCUGCAAAGAAAAUGGCGCGCCCUGCUUGUUCUCCUGGGACCCGUCAUGAUAUUCGGCUGGCUGAUAUGUGCCAUGCUUGUCACACUCAUCUUUGGAACCGACUUCCAGACUGGGUUAACGAUAGCGGCAUGUUUGACCCCGACAGAUCCCGUUCUUGCAGCUUCCGUCUUGUCAAACAGCCAGUUCAGCACACGAGUACCCAAGCGUAUUAGGGAUUACCUAAGCGCCGAGAGUGGUUGCAACGACGGCAUGUCUUUUCCGUUCUUGUAUUUGGGUCUCAGCCUUCUUCUGAAGAAUACUGUUGGUGGCGUGUUGAAGAAGUGGUUUCUCAUUACAGUACUGUACCAGUGUGUCGGAGGCAUUCUGUUGGGUAUCGCCCUCGGACACCUCUUCAACGCGCUUUACAGAUUCUCGUACAGCCGCGAGUGGAUCGGCAAAGCUUCAUAUCUUGCCUUCUACCUCCUCUUGGCUAUCUUCUCUAUCGGACUCGCGUCAGUCCUUGGCGUCGACGACUUCCUGGUGGCCUUCUUCGCAGGACGUGGCUUCGCGCAUAACCAAAAGGCUCCGACGGAGGAGACCUCUCUGCCCGUGAUUAUCGACUUGUUGAUCAACUCGGCUUCCUUCAUCUUCUUUGGUGCCAUGAUACCUUGGCACAAUUUCAACGCCAUGGAUGAAAUUACGCCUCUUCGACUGUUGCUUUUACUCGCACUCAUCAUACUUUUCCGCAGGAUUCCAAUCGUAUUCAUGCUAUUCAAGCUGAACUGGCUACCUUCAGUAAAGACUACGGCCGAAGCCCUCUUUGUCGGACACUUCGGGCCAAUGGGCGUCGGUGCUCUCUUCCUUGCCAUCGAAGCCCGCGCGCAGCUCGAGACCGGUACAUCGCUGCCUCUACCACAUCCACCCAAAAACCUGCCAAUAGAUCAACAGCGAACAGUCACCAUGAUCUGGCCUAUCGUUUGCUUCAUUGUGCUCGGAAGUACAAUGGUUCACGGCUUCAGUACUCUCGCUGUUAGCAUUGGAGGCCAUUUCGCGCGCAAAGAGGGCGAGAGGGCUCCUUUGAUUGGGGCUGAAAGGGAAGGACUGCAUGGCAUGUUCCAUGAUGAUAGUGAGACUAGCGAUAACGAAGGCGAUGAGCAGGAGUAG